UAAGUACGUCAGCGGGUUGAUUGGGGGAGCUGAAGAUGGCGGCGCUGAGUGAGGAUGGCAGGUAUGGGUUGUCUUGUGGGAAAGUAAACCCUGGCAAAAUAUCAGUGCUUCAUGUAAAAUUGACAGAGACGGCUUAUAGGACAUUGGAGUUAUAUAAGUCGUGCAAGAAUGCAUCUGCCUCCCAGCCAACAAUUAAGUUUAAUGGACUACAAGGGCAUAUUAAAAUUCCAAGGAACGAUGGAUCCAGUGAAGUGCACAAUUUUAAUUUUUACUUGUCCAGUGUUGGCAAAGAUAAUCCUCAGGGAAGCUUUGACUGCAUUCAACAGUAUGAAUCACGCUUGGGAGUGCCUCAACUCGACUUCCAGGGUAUUAUACAAGAUAAAAUAACAAUAUGUGCCACAAAUGACUCCUAUCAGAUGACUCGGGAACGAAUGACACAAGCAGAAGAAGAAACUCGUAGCAGGAGUACCAAAGUUAUUAAGCCUGGUGGACGAUUUGUAGGUAAAACGGUUCAGAUAAGAAAACCAGCACCAGGAGCCCAGGAUCCUGCCCCUGAAAGAAAACGUUCAACUCCUAUUAACCCUGCAAAUACUUUAAGAAAGAACAAUUCAAAUACAGCUAUUUCUCAACGUCCUUAUAGGGAAAGGGUGAUUCACCUUUUGGCUUUGAAACCAUUCAAGAAACCUGAACUGCUGGCUCGCUUACAAAAAGAUGGAGUUAGUCAAAAAGACAAGAAUUCUCUUGGACCCAUCCUUCAGCAGGUAGCUAACUUAAACCCCAGAGACAACUCCUAUACACUUAAGGAAUUUGUGUACAAAGAUAUUCAGAAAGACUGGCCUGGCUAUUCAGAAGAAGAUAGAAAUCAGCUAGAACAUACAGUUUCUCGUAAAGCAUGUUUGUCACAGAACUCGAUCAACACUCAAUCAGAAACCUUUCCUCCGAGUCCACCGAAGGACACUGUUCCUUCAUCUCCACAGAAACGUCGUUUGGAUUGCGAUUUUAUCGACCCCCUAUUGCCAAAGAAAGCCCGUAUUUCUCAUCUUCAGAAUCGUGUUCAGCCCUCUCUUAGUGAUCAUUCAGCAUCAGCUGAGGAAAAACCUUCAGUCGCUGCCUUUCCAGCUCCUCCACCUUUACCAGCUCACCUCCCACCCCCAUCACAUCUUCCUGUGUCUAAUCCACCAGUUCCUGCAAACUCAAAUUCUAAUUCCCCAAGUACUCCUGAGGGCCGUGGAACACAAGAUCUCCCAGUGGACAGUUGCAGCCAGAACAGAACCGCUUAUGAGGACCAGCAGGAAGAAUUCAUUUCUCGGACUUCUUUGAAUGACCCUGCUCCUCGUCGAGUUUUGGUUCCAGCUGAUGGCUCAAAACAAGCCUCUGAAACUGAUAGCUCCUCGCAUACCAAGAAGGCAAAAAAGAAAUCUAAAAAGCAUAAGGAAAAAGAGCGGGAGCACGAUAAACAUAAAAGUGACAAUGGUGAGAAUUCCAAAAAUAGACACACAGAAGCAAAAGAGGACCAGACCAAUCAAAUGGAUAAAACUAAAAUCUCCAGGAGAGAAGAGAAUACAGCCUCUGCUGAGCUGUCGUCAACGACCGAAAUGCCUGAUUACGUAAUGAAAUACACUGCAAUUAUUAACAUGGAUCAAAGACAAACUUACAAGGAUGAUUUUAAUGCAGAGUAUGAUGAAUACAGAAAUCUGCAUGCAAGAGUGGAGAAUGUUACUCGACGGUUUGCAAAACUUGAUGCUGAACGCAAACGGUUGCCUCCAGGCUCCAAGGAGUAUCAGACUAUUCAUGAAGAAGUAUUGCAAGAAUAUAAGAAAAUCAAAAUGAACAGUCCCAAGUACCAUGAAGAAAAAUAUAGAUGCGAGUAUCUCCACAACAAACUGGCUCACAUUAAGAGACUAAUAGCAGAAUAUGACCAAGCAAGAUCAAAAUCCUGGCAUUAGCCCUGUACAGCUGUUCUGCAGAAACAUUGACUCCUCCAGAAAAUUGUGAAUAAAAACCUAUUUAUUUUAAUAUAAAAUUCCAUUAACUUGCAUUAGAAUUGAGACUUUGUAAAGACAAUUCAAAGGUUAGUUUCUUGUAACCAGAGAUGAAUUGUUUUUUGCUAGUUUCCUUACUUUUGCAGUUUUUGUUUGUAUACUUGUUUCUUUUUGCCCAACCUCAAUUAAUUCCCUUUUCCCUUCUCUUACUUGCAAAUGGCUAUUUCUGCAAAUAGCGUAUUUCUUUAGGGAUCUUGUGGCCAAGAUAUAUGUAUGCAUGAUGAGACUGUAACACUGAUAAACUCUUUAAUAGGUGACAAAAAGUAUUGAAAAGAUCCAUAAAGUCUGCCAUGCCCAGCUGUAUCUUAGUAAUGUAAUCCCUUUGCCUUAAGGUGUAGGAGGAAAAUUAAGCAUUUUGCACAAAAAAUGUAAAAAUAAAAAAUGUUUUACAGGUGCUGACUCUGAAUAAGUGAGGAGACACAUUUAGUGUUGCACAGUCAGCCCCUCUUAGCAAGCGAUGCCUUAAGGUGUUUGCAGUUUUGUUUUUUUUUAAUAAUCCACACUCUAGUUAUACCAAUAUAUAUUGUUUCCAAGGCAAUUGAUCCUUGAGAAGCAUGCAGGGGCCUACCUAGUGUGCAAGAGACAGAUGCGUGUAUGCAACAAGGAGUGAAUGAGUGUAUGAUAUUUUAAAUUGAGAAACCUAACUAUCUACUGAAGCUGCUACUUAUAGUAGGCCCAGGCACUCAGGAUAAAACUGAUGAGUGGUGGAGUUGUUUUUCCUGUAAACUUAUAACUUCCUAUAUGGAAGCAAGCAUUUCCAGUUUUCAGCUUUAUUAACUAAAAUUGAAAGUUGAUUACAAAAUAAAGAUCUAUAGUUUUGCGCAAAGUAUAAUAUGUAGGAGACAUAUUUGUGUAUUGCUAUAUUAUUUUUGGAAAGAAACUAUACAAAGAUUUUGUCAACCUACAUGAACUUUAUUUAAAAUGUAUUGUAAAUGUUCCUGAUUUUUCAGGAAUUUAAGAGCAAAUGUAUUGAAUUAAAAUAUACUGUGAUCAUUGAACAGCACAAAUUUUCAUGCUAUCUUUCCUGUAUACUUUUUUUUUUUAAUUUAAUUGGAAUCAGUUAAUUUCUGUGGGAACAUUAGUAUUAGAGUGGCUGUUUAAACAUUAUGAAACACAUUUUGGGGGUGAGGGCACAUAAAUGCUGCCAGUAGAAAAGGGAAGCAAGCAAGUAUGUUUACAGAACAGAGUAUUGAGAUCAUUGCCAAAAUCCUGUACUUGGGUUCAAAUGCACAAAUAUUACCAGCUCCAGUAUACAGUACUAUAAACCAGACUUUGCAUAAAGCUUUUUUGUUUUUUUUUUUAUAACAAGCAGUAUAGUCUAUUCAAAAGACUUCUCAAAAAUGUGCAUCAUGUUGGUUUUUUUUUUUUUUUCAGCUUGUUGUUAGCCUUCAAACAGUCAAAGGAUAAUUGUUUAGUGUUCUUUUGGCCCCCUCAUUUAGUUGUUUUACUGUAGCUCACUCUGCUUUAAAAAUGUUUGCUUCAUUAGUUUCUAAUUAAACCCCUGUGUGCUCAGAGCAAGCACACUCUUUAUAUACUUUAAUUGAUUUCUCUGUGUCAAGGAAAAAAUCUGAAACAUUAUGAAGCUGCUGAGCUUCAUAAAUGCUAAAUAUUAGCAUUUACUCAUUUUUGUGUUGUGUAUAUAAGAGAUGUUAAACCUGAUUAAUCUAGUGCCUAAGAUCAUGAUGUUUCAGCCUAGUGUCAGUUAAAAUAAUUAGUAAGACACAGUAUUGCAUGCUUUUUUUUCUCUUUUUUUAUUUUAGCAAUGCUGCUUGCACAAUUCUGGCCUAUUACGGCACUGUAAACUGGAGGUGGAGAGGUAUUGUUAUAUUUUUAAUACCAGAUGUUUAUCAGCAUUAAGGACCACACAAAAGUGUUCAGACUGGUGUAGGCAUCACUGACUUUUAAUAUGGGAAUAUUUGUAUACUGGCAAAGAUCCAGAAAGAGGUUGGAUACCACUGAACAUUAUUGUCUGGUCCUGAAGCUGGAUGAUUGCUUCCUUUUUCUGUGCCUGUGACCUUGAGUAUAUUUUUGGUUCUAAAUGCAUAACAGUAUCAAUAACUGGACACUAAUUAUGCAGUGAUGUUUAUAUACUUUGAUUUUGUAAUUGUGUUAAAUGUCCCUUAUGUUCAACUAAAUGUCAUUUUGAACCUUCAGAAUGUUCCCAGCUCUCUAGGUCUGCGUCAUUUCUGAGCUGAGGCUCAAGCUUGCAAGUGACACAAUUAUUCUGCCACUACCAAAUGAUGGUUUUACAGAGGUUUCUUUUUUUAAAGUAAUUUGGGAAAUGAAAUAAGGAAUACCAGAAAUAAAGUAUUUAAGCAGCACUUUGAAGUUGCAUUUAUUUGCAGGAGUAAUGAUGCAGGAUAACUUGAUUUUAACAUUUUGGAGCAUAUCUAGGCAUUGACUACAAAUCAUAUUUUCGGUUUAAAAUUUCUAGCAUUCCGCUUUGAAAGAAAUCAAGAAAUGGUCCCUGCUUGGUUUUUUUUGUUUUUUUUUGUUUUUUUUUCCUGUCGUUACUUACCUGGGUCUAGUCAUUGUUUAUACUGAUUUGCCUUAGUUAGCAUUUCUUUCAAAAGUGUAGAGCAUUGAUCAUGGCAACAAUCUCUGAAUUUAAACAUGCAAGUGCAUGUUAUGUUUAGACACUUAACCAACUGGUUCAGCACAUUCGUGAUGAAACAACAUGAACCCGGAUAGCUUCAUCACAUUUGAUAUUCAUGUUGACAUUUUACAGCUUAUUUCUGAAUCAUUGAUAGUCAAAGCAAACCAAACAAAGUCAGCACUAUUCAAAGUUCAUCUCAAAUUCUGAAAAAAGCUUUCAGCUUCAGAAUGUAGCAGGUAUUGUUUUUUUGUUUUGUUUUUUUUUUUUUUUUAAACAAGUGACUGUGAAUGACGGGGUAACUUGACAUUUGAUGUUAUCUUGCAUGUAUAUUUGCGAUAGAGCUGGAAUUGUCUUAAUGUAAAGAAGGAGCUUUUUGGGAACAUCUGAUCUAGAAAUUUGAUCUGCAGCCACAGAAUGUCUUCACGCUGAUUUCACCCUUCAGUGUAUUUACUGCCACAGUCCAAUAAAUUGUCAACUUUGCACAUCA